UUCAAACAAAAUUCUAAACCCUAAUUUCCAAUUCACAUUUUCUAUAUUUAUUCAAACCCUAAAAAGAAUGAAAAAUAUGGCUAAGGAAUCCACCGCCAUUGACAUGGGUGAGUCGAGCUCGAUGGCAAAAGAAAAAGCAGAAGCAAAGAAGAAAGUUGGCAUGGCCACGGCCGCAGCCGGAGGUUCUAAGAGAGGUUUGGCCAUUUUUGAUUUCCUCCUCCGUUUAGUGGCUAUCGCUUUCACGAUUGCGGCAGCUGCUGUCAUGGGGAUGGCGGAGGAGACUCUUCCUUUCUUCACACAGUUCUUUCAAUUCCAAGCUAGUUACGACGAUAUUCCGAUUUUUCAGUUCUUCUUGAUAGCAAUGGCCAUGGUCGCCGGCUAUCUCGUCCUCUCGCUUCCAUUCUCCAUCGUAGCCAUUGUUCGUCCCCACGCUGUGGCUCCGAGGCUUCUCCUCCUUAUCUUCGACACGGUGGUUAUGACACUGAACGCGGCGGCCGCAGCUGCGAUAGUGUAUUUGGCACAUAAUGGGAAUCCGAACACGAACUGGUUACCGAUCUGCCAACAGUUCGGUGACUUCUGUCAGAGCGUUAGCGGCGCCGUCGUCUCUGCCUCCACCGCCAUUGUUUUCUUUCUUUUAAUGAUCGUCGUCUCUGCCUUAGCCCUCAAGAGAAACUGAUCUCUCUCUACCAAUAUGGAUUUUUUACAUACUCGCGUUUCUGGUUUGUCUUAUGUUCCAUUGAAUCAUGUGAAUGUGUGCUUAUAUAUCUUAUAUUCUAUAAAUUGUCUUUACAUAA